GUCUCCCCGUCGAUGCCAGGGUACAGCCGGCGCUACGGUCAGCCCACACCCAUCGCCAGGUCUCUCAGCUUCUCUGAUGGAGACAGUAACACAAGCAGUCAAGCGUCACAAGGGGGCGCAGCUGACCAUGCAGCUGCAGAAGCUCUGAUCAACCUGUACGCCUCCCCAGCCCACUCCAAACACAGCUCACCCGAGGGAGAGAGGUCUCCGUCCAACAGCGACGCCACCAGUGCGCCUCCCCGGGAUGACGACGGUUCCCUCGCGAACGACGAGAACCAGGAGAUCCGACACUCCAUCAAGGAGCUGCUGAUGAGCCAGGAGAACCAGCCCGCCUCCUCCGAGGUCAAGUCCGAGGACAACACCUGGUACUUCAUGGCUGAGACAACCAUGACUGAGUGCGAAGAGAGCAAGCCUCCCAACUCGUCCACAGUCUCCAUGACAAGCAGCGGCAGUCCCAAACAGACAGUGAACAUAAGCUGGGGCGCACCAAACAAUGGAGAGGAGUGAGCAAA